AUGCUGCACCUCACCCUGCUCCUCCAUCUCCUGGUCCUCUCUCUCUCCCCUGCAGAUGCAUCAAUGCACGAGGAGGUACCCGACUUUUAUGGAGAAGAAGCCACAGGUUACGGGCCAGUGUUUGAGGAGCAGCCGGUGGAUACUAUCUACCCCGAAGAGUCGCCCGAGGCAAAGAUCACCAUGAGCUGCCGGGCCCGGGCCAAUCCACCUGCCACAUACAAGUGGAAGAUGGACAGCGUGGAAAUUGACUUGGAUACACAAAGCAGCCACUACAGUUUAGUGGGAGGCAACUUGGUCAUUAGCAACCCCAUUAAAACCAAGCAUGUCGGACAGUACUUCUGUUUCGCUACCAACAUCUACGGCACGGUCAUCAGCCGAGAGGCCUCAGUCCAGUUUGGAUACCUGGACCUUUUCUCGUCGGAGGAGAGGGAGUCGGUGUACGUCAAAGAGGGACAGGGGGCGGUGCUGCUCUGCGCCCCCCCACCACAUCAUCCAGAUGAGCUGUCGUUCCGAUGGAUCCUCAAUGAAUUCCCCACCUUCAUCCCACUGGACAAGAGGCGUUUUGUCUCCCAGAUAACGGGUAACCUCUAUAUCUCCAAGGUGGACUCCUCCGACAGUGGCAACUACUCCUGCAUCGCGUCCAGCCCGUCCAUUUCCAAGAGUGUUUUCUCCAACUACAUCCCCCUGGUGCCUCUGGCUGAACGUCCCAUCAGGAAAUACCCUGCUGACCUCAAAGUCAAGUUCCCAGAUACCACUGCUCUGGUGGGGCAGAAUAUCACCUUGGAGUGCUUUGCUCUUGGGAAUCCUGUCCCCGAGAUCCGCUGGAAGAAGUUGGACGGACAGCUUCCCCCCAAUCACGAGUUGCGUAUGUCGGGGGCUCACCUGCACCUGUACAAUGUGCAGUUUGAAGACGCGGGCAGCUUCCAGUGUGAGGCGGUGAACUCGAGAGGGAAGGACUACCACGCCGCACGCGUGUCUGUGGAAGCUUUUCCUGAGUGGGUGGAGCAGAUGAGCAGCACAGAGCAGGACCUGAGCAGGGAUUACACGAUGCCCUGCGUAGCCAGCGGCAAACCUGAACCACGCAUCCGCUGGCUGAAAAAUGGACAACUGUCUCACAGGAAAGAGAUGAGGUUCAGCAGCUUGACGUUCGACGAUUCAGGGAUGUACCAGUGCAUCGCAGAGAAUCACCACGGAGUCAUAUAUGCCACUGCCGAGCUGCGCGUGUAUGCCUGUGCUCCCACGUUUGAACACAACCCUGUGAAGAGAGUCAUGGCAGCCAAAAACGGCCGGGUGGUGAUCGAAUGUCGACCCAAAGCGGCUCCAAAGCCCUCCUUCUCCUGGAGCAAAGACACCGAGCUCCUCCACAACCACACCAGGGUGUUCAUCUGGGAGGAUGGGAGCCUGGAGAUCCGGAACGUGACACGCGCAGAUGAAGGCAGGUACACCUGCUUCGCCGAGAACGACCGGGGCAAGGCCAACAGCACGGGCUCUCUGUUGGUUACAGAGUCCACAAAGAUCACCUUGGCACCGUCCAAUGCUGAUGUGAAAGUGGGAGAGAACACCAGGAUGCAGUGCGCCGCGUCACAUGACGCUUCCCUGGACAUCACCUUCGUCUGGUCCCUGGAUGGCCGGGUCAUUGACUUGCACAAGGAGAGUCACCAUUACGAACGCACCCUGAAUGGAAGCUCAAACGGCGAGCUACUGAUCAAGAACCUCCAGCUGAAGCAUGCUGGACGCUACACCUGCACUGCACAGACCCCCAUUGACAAUGUGACGGCCGCGGCCCACCUGGUCGUCAGGGGUCCCCCCGGAGCCCCAGGUGGGGUGCGAGUGUUGAACAAAACUGACAAGAGUGUAACAUUGCAGUGGAGCCGUGGAGCAGACAACCACAACCCCAUCUCCAAAUAUACCAUCCAGUACAGGGACUCCUUCUCAGAGGAUGUCUGGAAGAACGCCACGACAUCUCCCGCGGAUGUAGAGGGGAAUGCGGAGAUGGCCACAGUGGUGGAUUUGUUCCCCUGGAUAGAAUACGAGUUCAGAGUGAUUGCCACCAGCACUCUGGGGAAAGGAGAGCCGAGCAGCCCGUCGCCUAAAGACAAAACCCUGGAAGCAUUUCCUGUGGUGGCGCCCUCUGACGUCGGUGGCGGUGGAGGAACGAGCCGAGAACUGACCAUCACGUGGACGCCUGUGCAGCCGCAGUACUACUACGGGCCGGAUUUUGGCUACAUCGUGGCCUUCAAACCACAAGAUGGAGCCCAGUGGAUGAGGGUGACAGUAGCCGACCCCCAGGCCAAGCACUACAUCCACAGAGACCCCUCCAUUCCUCCAAUGACAGAGUACCAAGUCAAAGUCAAGGCAUUCAACGGAAAAGGAGAGGGACCCUUCAGCCUAACGGCCGCCAUUUAUUCUGCACAGGACGCUCCAUCUGAAGCUCCUGGGAGGGUCGACGGCAAAGCUCUCUCUGCCACGGACGCCAUCGUGUGGUGGCUGCCUCUCUCACAGGGCAAUGUAGAUGGAUACCAGGUGAAGUACUGGAGGAUUCCGGACGACAGUGAAGGGGGUGCCGAGACGGUGGUGGUACCCGGCAGUGAGAACCACACCAGACUGGAGAGUAUGAAGCCAGACUCUCACUACCUUGUUGAGGUUCGGGGCUACAACUCCGCAGGAUACGGGCCGGCCAGCGAACACCACCAGAUCCACACCAAGAAGCCCCCUCCAAGUCGAGCUCCCAAAAUAAUUGGUCAAAAGUUAAAGAGCCACUCAGUAGUAAAUAUUGCCUGGGAACACGUGAAACCGCUUGCUAACGAGGCAGCAAUAGAAGGUUAUAAAGUGCUGUACAGGCAGAAGGGCCACUCCACAGGCACUCUGUACACAACCAGCAAGCAGUACAUAGACCUUCCCUUCCACGCAGAUGGGAACUAUGUGGUGGAGGUCCGGGCGCACUCAGAGGGGGGAGACGGGGCCGUGGCACAAAUCAACAUCAACAUCACAGGUGGAGGUGUCAUGUCCGCCCCGUCUCUCAGCGUACUCUCCCUGCUCCUGUUGGCUGCGCUCUGCCUGAACCUCUGAAUGUAGCGCCAUCUUUGUCUUCACUUCCUGUGAAGGAGACUCUUUGUGGUUGACGCCUGUGAGGACUUUGGAACUCUUUCCACAAUCUUUUGGUUCCAUCCCGUAUUCCAACCCUUCCCCGCUGGAAUAUGUUUGUGGAAACAGACACAGAAAUGGAAAAAUCGGAAAU